UACCCUUUCUUCUUGUUGUCGCACACACACAACACACACACACACACAAUGGUCGCAAGAUCACCACCGAAGCUGAGGAAGAAGAUUGUGGCUCCACUUGAUCCGAUUCAACUCAGAGACACACUCGACAAGGUGGAGAAAUGUAUGGAUAGACUGCAAGAGCUUCAGUACAUCACCGGUGGGACGAAGGUGAUCUCCGGUGUGAAUCUCAGCCCUCGUAGUUCCAGAGGCUACUUAAGAACAAGCCUCAGGUGUAAACAGGAAUCACUCAGAAUCAGAAAUGCAAAUGGUCAAAAAUCGUCACCUGGAAGAUUACCCACACAAAUAGGGGAAUGGAAAAGGAUGUCACUACCAGCGAUGAUUUUGGGCGAAACGGUGGGGGAGAUACUCCAAGCAAGUCAGUUUGCUAGAGAAAUCGUGACGGCUGUUGAAACGAAAGCCAAAAAGAUCACCACCGGCACCGGCGGCGAUCCGAAAACUCCGGUGACUCAUUCCAGACGGAAUUCGAGGUUAAACCCAGAAACCACCGAGCUCCGGUCACGGAGAAAGAGAGAGAAACGGAUAAUCCGAUCAGAUCUACAUUCUCCUUUACUUGAAAGAGCAAAAUCACGGAUUAAUUUCAAAGUCUCCGGUUCACCACCCAAAAAAGAAAUUGAGACUGAAAAGGGUCGGUUUCCGGCGAAUAGGGUGUCCCCGAAGAACAAACCUUGGGCUAGAAAAACCGUGAUCUUCCCGAACCCCCUUUUCCAUUCAACACCUGCUUCACAAAACCAACAAUUUUGCAGAACAAGGUCGCCGGUGAUUACAAGAACCCGUCAGACCACCCCUCACAAGUUUCUAAUCAAGACGCCGCCGCCUCCUGCCGCUGUGGCUAAGUUUCAAGUAAAAAUUCGCAGCCCACCACUUUCUGUAUCUCCGACCAGACCCAAAACGGCCAGCGCGAAGAAGAAGGCGAUGUCACCGCCUAAGAACGUGUCCACGUCAGCAAAGCUACGGAGGUCAUUUUCACCGUCGAGAUUGGCUACUAGACUGGCUUCUCCAUUGAAGAUUAGGAACCCAACGAUUUGCGUAUCUCCGACAAGAUCUGGGAUGGCUUCCGUGAAGAAGAAGUCGAUCUCACCGCCCAGGACGGUCACCGGAAAGAAGAAGUUGACGUCACCGCCAAGGACGGCCUCCGUGAAGAAGUCGAUUUCACCGCCUAAGAAAGUGUCGACGGCGGCAAAGCUGCGGAGGUCGUUUUCACCGUCGAGAUUGGCGAGUAGAUUGGUUUCACCAUUGAAGAGUAGGAAAUCAUCUGUACAGAAGAGCGUGGAUAGUAGCGAGAUGAUGAUGAACAUGAUGAGUGGAUUGAAACAGAGGCCACUGUCAACAACUACACCGAUGCAUUUGUCAGCUCGGAGAAUUUAAGAUUUCAUUCUUUUAUAUGAUAUUUCCUUAAUGUCAAUAUGAUUUCUGUUUGGUGUUCACAUUUUUAUAACCAUAAAAUAACAAUAAUCUGCAAUUUGUUCCCAUUA